UCUUCAAGUUUUCAAAAAUACCAUUUGCUUUUUGCACCCUCUUUUCUUUCUUGAGGUCCCCAAAGAAUUUGCUAAUUCUCUCCUUUUCUCAUCCACCAUCCCAACUUUUCUCUCCCCCCCGCUAUCUUUUUCCCAUCUCCCAAACAACUUUAUCUCUACAGAAAACAUUAACUAAUAUUUGCCUCCUUGUCCAACUAUAUAUACCAUCUCUAACCCCUUACUUAUUAUACUUGCCUACCACCACUUUUUCUCCCAAAACCCUAAUCUUGUAUCUGUACCUUUUUUUACUCGGUGUGUGUGUGUGUGUCUCUCUCUCUCUCUCUCUCUCUAUAUGUAGAAAAGACAAUCCUAGAUUUGGGUUUUGUUUGUGCCCCUUUGGAACCAAACCCACAGCCCACUCUUCUAUUUUCUCAUUGGUGUACAAAAUGGAUGACACCAGGAACCACAAUAGGAAGCGAGCCCGAGAUGACUCGGAGAACUCGGACUCCUCAGAAACCAACCAUACCCAACCCGCGUCAAAACUUGUCCGAGUUGACUCGAGCAACUCGGUUGCCAGCUCCCAUGAGUCGGGCACCACAGGAGAGCAAUCGAACAACUCGGAUGUUAACUCGGGCGAGUCGUUGACUCAGACUCCCGACCGAGGUGACUCGGACGAGUUGGGUAUGGGCUCGGCAGAGGUCAAGCUGAUACAAGACGACCUACUAAACAUCCUGGACGACUCUGACAACGUCCCGGAGAUUCAAGGCCUUGACUCGGUGAUUAAGAGCUUCGAGGAAGAGAUACAAGUUCCGGCAUUUCCCGCGUCUGAAGCCACGUCAGAUUCAGGCCAGUCGACGCAGCCAGAACUUGGUUAUCUUCUGGAAGCUUCUGACGACGAGCUUGGUCUUCCACCGACCAAUGGAGCAAGUGAGGAGGGAAAAAUCGAGGCUGCUGAUUUCACCACGAGUGGCUCCGAGGCCGUUGAAUUGGAUGGCAUGGUAGGGUUCGAGAACGACAUGAUUCCGAGUUACGACUCGUUCGACUUCGGAAUCGGUGGCGACUCUGAAUUUGCUAAUAACAAUUAUAUUGGUGGGGUGGAGUACCUGGCUUUAGACGGUUUGUUUGAUUACCCGGGGGGCGGCGUUGCAGAUGUUUCGUGGCGAACCGAGUCCCUUUCGGCUUUGUAGAAACGUUUCUGGCGGCAUGCCGGGGACCGCUGCAUGCGUAAAAUGGGGUUUUGUUUCCUUUUACGUGUUAGACACGCAGAUGUGCAUAUUAGGUUGUAAAACUCGACAGAAAGCAAAGAAAAGGAAAAGAAAACUGUGAAUUGAACAAAAGAAAAUUAUUUUCUUUUGUUUCUGUAAGAUAUUACCUGGCAUAAAAAAUUUGGUUAUACAUGUUCAUUAAAAUAUCUUAAUUUAAAAAAAAAAUUCGUUUCAAUCUAAACUGCGCGUGAGUGACCCUCAGUCUCCACUU